CCAGCCAUCAUCCUCAGUCAGGGGACCAGCAGCGGCUCUGCCUGCCCACCUCCUCCUUCUCCUCCUCCUCCUCCAUGCCCCCCUCCCUGGCUCUCCCCUCUUUGUGUAUGACAGCAGUGCUCCUCUGCCCCCAUUGUCUGUGUGCCCGGUGCUGUGUGCCCCCCUCCCCCUCCUCCUCCUCCUCCUGGUGCCGCAAUGGUCCUGGUCCUGGCGGCUGGCAGCGCCUUCUUCCCGGGUCUCUUCCUGCUGGCCAGGGCCGGGCUCCGGGGGAUACCCACCUUCCGGGGAGACCAGCCCAACACCGACAUCGUGGCCGCCAGACUGGUGUCCUCUAUACAAGCGGUUUUGGCAUCGACGGCCGGGUACAUAGUGGCAUCAAGCUGCAAAGAUGUCAUUGAGGACCAGCACUGGCUCGCUGCCACCUACACCCGAUUCGCUGUUCCCUACUUCAUCUAUGACAUCUACGCCAUGUACCUCUGCUACUGGCACAAGCAUAAGGUGAAGGGCCACACGGGGGGCUGUGAGCUGUUGAAGGGUUAUCUCCACAAGGAGUUCCUGAUGGUCCUUCAUCAUGUCUUCAUGGUGCUCGUCUGCUUCCCCGUGUCUGUGCUCUGGAGGGAAGGCAAAGGAGACUUCUUCUUGGGGUGCAUGCUGAUGGCCGAACUCAGCACCCCGUUUGUUUGUCUGGGCAAAGUGCUCAUCCAGUACAAGAAGCAGCACACGCUCCUGCACCGGGUCAAUGGUGUCAUCAUGCUGGUGACGUUCUUCUCCUGCCGCCUCCUGCUCUUCCCGUACAUGUACUGGGUAUACGGACAGCGGGUCGGACUGCCCCUCUACAAGGUCCCCUUCAGCCUGUCCGCAGAAUACAACCUCGGAGCCGCCAUUCUCAUGGCCCCCCAAGUCUACUGGUUCUACCUGAUCUGCAGAAGAGCUUACAGUCUGUUCCUACAGUCUGUGAUGAGUCAGCGGCCCAAAAAUGGACAUCCGGCAGCCGACAGCCCCUCAGCCAAAGACCAGGACUGCUCACAGUGACGCCUCCUCCCCCUCCAUUCAGUUCCAACAUGUCCGCACCCAGCCACAGAGCCCCCAACCCCAAACAUGAGACCCGUUGAGGCCGCGCCAUUGAGAGACUGCUGUGCCUUUCCAAAAAUGGAGGCACUGAGGCACCUUGUUAUGUACUGCUUAAGAGGUCCGCAGGAAGCUUCUAAAGUGUCCCGGAAGCUAAGCGAGAGGCGGGGAGGUGACAUUAGCUCCCUGCGGAGGUGGAAAAUGGUCUUACCCGCUGUGUGACAGUAUUACCGCGUACAGAGUCGCCAACGCUCUGUCCUUCUUAUAGAGUUUACUAUUUGCAGUACUCCUGGUGGCCACUAGGGGUCGCUGU